AUUCAUUUUAUGGCAGUUAAUAUAUUUGAUCAUUCGAAAUAUACCAAAACUUAUACUUAAAGUUUUGCUGAAAAAAAAAAGCUUAAGAUCAUACCGGAAGUUAAAGGUGUUCGGCUAUUUCCGUUUGCAAUAUGGAGACCCCAGAUUUAAAACUUGGCAAAAAACCACAACAUCAAAGAUCUGCCAGUGACCCCGCGCCCAAAUCGCCAAAAGGUACAAAAAAUGGAACUGUACAAGAAAAAGAUAAGAAAAAGAAUGGAUUGCGUUCAGGCUCAGAAGUGAUGCCAGUGCACCACAUUCAUGUGCCAGAGAGAAAACACAGCAAGCUGGCGGCUCUGGGCAGGAUAUUCAAACCCUGGAAGUGGAAGAGAAAGAAAAAGAGCGAGAAGAUAGAGAAGACUGCAGUUGAUCUAGAAAGAAAGAUAUCUGUGCGUGCUACCAGGGAAGAAUUGAUUCAGAGAGGGGUGUUGAAAGAUGUACCAGAUGAGGCACAGACUGUUACUAUAGAGAAAAAGGAUGAAGAGGACGGUGCCCCACCUCAGGGGAAAGGAGACGGGCUAAAUUGUAUAAACUCAGACACAGGAGAUGGUGCUGUACCAGUACAUACAGAGGACCAUGUAGGAAAUAAAGUUUUACCAGUAGAAACGAAUGGGACGUUAGUGGGGAGUGACCCCCCUGGGUCCUCCCCCAGCGUAAUAACUACACAGGCAGAGGUGGUACAGACGAACCCUCCAACAGAUAGAACUAUUGUGUUAUGCACCUCCCAGAUUCACCCUGUCCUGAUGGACGUUCCUGCCAGCUCGCCCACCUCGCCUGCCACUGCUGUCCAGUCACCAGGGGGAGACACAGCGCCAGCGCCACCUGUCCAGGUGUUUGUCAUGCCUUCUCAUGUGCAACAGCCAGAGUCACCGUCAGAUCACAGUAAAUUAAAUCAAGUUGCUGGAAGCACGGGGCAGGUAGAAAGUGGAGAAAGCACUGACUGUGAUUACGAUAAUUUGAAUAAUAUGUCAACAACCACAACAGUACCAUUUGAAUCUGAUCAACAAAGACUCAUACAACAACUACAACAAAAGCAGCAGCAGCAACAGCAGCAACAACAACAACAGCAGCAACAGCAGCAGCAAGUGGUUGCUGCAAGUCCAGCUCCGUCAACGCUAGUUGUCCAGCAUGCUCCUUCGCUGGGUAGUCAGGACACGGGUGGUGUUAACUUUCACCUGCCGGGUAGUCAUGCUGUAGAUACCUCAAGAGUUGAAGAAAUCCCCGUCAGGGAGCCAGACCUGUCCAAGCAGCCAGUCAGGAGUGCCCUCAAGGGGGCCACCCCCAAGGCAAAGUUGGUGGGAUUUAAACCCACGCCUAAACCUAGGUCACUGAAGGCCGUCUCUGUGUCGAAAACGAUAACAGAACAAGAAAACAAAGAGAACCAGCCAAAUGGGGAAACUUACGAAGAUAAUAUUCCAGAUUAUGAUAAUUUAAACGGCAGUGAAUCAUCUUCUGAUGAUGAACCCAUACAGUAUAGGGAUGAUGAUGAUAGUUUAGCUUCUAAGGUUGCCAGAAAAGAUAGCCUUGCUCGUUUUCUGAGUAACCGUCCUCAGAAAAAUGAGCUUGUCGACAAGAACAUCAUCCCGUCUUGUACUAGCACAGAGAAAGAACAUGUUAAAAAAGAAAUAGAGGUUAAAUUAAACAGGAGGUUGAGUUUAAGGCCAACAAAAGAAGAAUUAGAGCAAAGAAAUAUUUUGCACUUGAAAACAAAUGAAGAGGAGCAGUUGACAUUAGAGGAGAAAAAGAAAGUGCUAACAAGAAAGCUAAGUUUUAGGCCAACAAUUGAGGAACUGAAGGAGCGCAAGAUUAUCAAAUUCAGUGACUAUGUAGAGGUGACAGAUGCUGAGGAAUAUGAUAGGAGGGCAGACAAACCUUGGACCAGACUCACCCCUAGAGAUAAGGCUGCCAUAAGAAAAGAACUUAAUGAAUUUAAAAGUGCAGAAAUGGAAGUGCACUCUGAUAGUAAACAUUUAACCAGAUUCCACAGACCAUAGAGACUCCACUUUAGUGAUACUGGCCUUGUAUUAAGCUAUGUGCCCCUGGAGGGCCAUGUGUAUUCAUAACAUGGGCCGAGUGUAGAAAGCUAGGACAGAGCUCUUCAAUCCGCGCUCUCAACGGUCCCCUACACCAACAACAACACCAACAACAACAACAUCAGCAGUAACACUUUUUACUGCUGAUGUUUGGAUGAUGUACAGAAAAGAGUUCCAGCAGCUCCUGUGACACAAGCACGAGCACAAUGAAAUCAGUUUACAAUACAAGUCAUCGUCCCCCCUCCUCUCAUCUGUCACCACUAAAAACGGGCUUACCGCCCUGGUCAUUUUUGUACUGUGUUGACAUUAACAUUGUAACAUUGCCACCAGCGUAGCAUCGUUAUUGUAUUGUAAUGUUAUCACAUUGUUGGUCGUGAUUAGAAGACACAGUGAUGGCAGAUUAUUUGUUAUAUGGUGCCAAGUAACAUUGCUGCGACUUUUGGUUGACAGGCAAAAAGAUACAAGUAGAAAAAUGAAGUUUACGUCUCAUGAAUAACUGGAAUGAUGAACUGAUUAUAGAUUUUUAUCCAGGCGGUAUAUGGGUUUGAUGUACACGGUAAAUCUUCACACCAGCUAAUGAGAGUACAACUUUGUACUACCAGAACAAGUGUGUCCUGUUUUUGUGUAGCAAUAAAACAUUGGAAUCAGCAGUAAGAAUUGGAUUUAUAAAUGCUUAGAACUAAAGCACUUGACAGAUUGCCUAAGUAUAUUGCCUUUAGCCUACUGAAAACCAUCUUGUUGUAUUCUUCAUGUAAAUCCCUUAUUUGACACCAAAAUAUCCUAACCUAAUAUGUCACCGGGUUUGACUUCAUAGCAUGUUAUCUGUGAGUGCUGACAGAUUUGAUACUGGAAAGAGAGGGAGUGGCAAGCCAGGUCGCGGACACCAAGGCCCUUCAAUACAGCAAUGUGUGCUACACACUUUCAGCAGAGACUUGGCCUGCUGUGAGUUGUUCCUAUAUUGAAAAGUCUGUAAUUAUUAUUAUUAUUAGAGAGAACCAGGGCUCAGAUGGGGCCUGUGGAACUCAUUUUAUCUUUUGUAUUAGUCUCAUAGUCUCUCUGUAAUAUAAUGAACACUUCCAUUAGGUCAGUCACCUUGUACAGAGACCGAAAUUGAUAUGUAUUGACCUUAUUUUGAAGUUAAUGAACUUUGUCAUGUGUAGAUUGUUAGUAGUCUAUUGACUGCUGUAUUAAAGGGGUUUUCAUCAAUUCAGAAUAUUUUCACCUGCACAAUAAGCGACUGCUUUAAGCUUGGCACAGUGCAGGCUACUUGUACUCUAAAUGAUGUCGUGGGCAGUUUAUAAGGGACAGAUGUCACCGAGGAAGAUAUAUUUAUAAGUAUAUAUAUAAAUCUAUAUAUUUCUUUCGCUUUUAUUUUUGGGGGGUGGGGGAGAAUCAGAAGUUGAAGUAAUGGGCAUUCUGAAAACUUGUUUAGAUUUAGGAGGUCCCUGAACAAGUGCCACUGUUAGCAAGUUAGUCUUUUCCAGUAGGAUGAGUUCUGUUUCUGUGAGCUGAAUGCUUCUGAAGUGAUAAAAAGGUCUACCAUGGUUUAUUAUUCAGUAAGACUUGCACUUUGGGAAAGUAUGGUAAACUGUGUGAUUCUUGCCAUUCACUGUAGUUAAUUAGUUUGCCACUAAGACUGGUGAAAUCCACUAAUAGAAAGUAAUUUUAAAAUGUUGAAUGGUUUAUUGUUGGUAUGAAAAUAAUGGUAGUGUAGAUUUUUUCGAACCCAACUCAUAAGCUGUCUCACACUCAAAUGAAUUGACCACACUACAGGGAUGCUGUGAAAAAAUUGCGUUUUUCUGAUGGUUUUUAGGUAUUAAAUGCCUUUGAACUUGUCAUCAUUGGUGUCACAAAUUUCAGAAUUUUCUCCAUAUGGAAAAACAUUUGAUACUGUUUUCUACAGCUUGACAGUUUUCACGCUUGUAGGCGAAAUUGCAUGAUUUUGUUUGCUCUAUUGCUGGACUGCACUCAUUAAAGUCUGAGUAUGAGAAAUUUCUGACUAUGGGUCCAUGUAUGUGAGUUGCUAAGUACGUACGUGGAAGUAAGGUUCAUAACUUAAUUCUUGUACUUAUAAGGGGUAUUUUGAUCUGUUAACAAUUAAAACGUAUCUGUAUAGGGGAUGCUGCCGCACGUGCAAGGUGAAGUUUCAUUGUAGCCGUGCUUUUCGAAGCGGCAUGUGUGUGUGUAAGUAAAAUGAAAGAAGCGAGAUUGUCAGCUGGGUAUAUAUUUGCAAAGCGUUAUCCAGGUAUUUUAAAUUCGCAACAUUAAAAUGUCAUUUAAAAGAUGGUUUUAUGUGGUUCUAUAAAUGUUCAUCUAAAAUGCAAUCAUUAAUGAAUAAUAAAAAAAUAUUGGAAACUA